AUGAGUCAGGUCAAGAACCUCCGCGCCAUGUUCGAGAACAAGGGCGACACGAGCCCGCCCGACAGAGGCCGAUCAUCUGGCGCUUCUACUCCCGUCCAAGGCUCAGGCACAGGCAAUAGCGGAACUGAAUCACCUGUCCGGCCACUGUCAAAGGUCAGAACAAGCUUUGUUGCCAUUGAGAAAGACGGAAGGAUAGGUCUUAGGAGAGACCCCAGCCACGAAUCCAGUGUAUCACGUCGUCGAUUAAGCAUGGACACCGAUGCAGAAUCCGUUUCCACUAUCCCGGACAAGCCAUCCGCUUCGCUUGAAGAUGCGCCACGCGCAAGCAAGCCCUUCUUCCAAGAAGCAAUCCCAGAGUCGCCGCGUCACCAAACUGAUCCCCCGAAGACACCCACAGAGCUGAUGGGAGCUGUCAGCGACGAGCCAAGCGUCAACCCCGACAAGAAGGUAGACGUGGAGGAACCGUCACCUUCAUUGCUACCAGCAGAGCCCGCCACGGCAGAGCCUGUUGCAGCUUCGCCGAAGAGAGAAAACAAGCCCCCAGCAGCUCCUGCAAGUGCCAAUGGCAAAACCAAGGCCGAAAACACGAAAGAAGCAAAAUUGCCAAAGGAGACAGCUCCCGCAGCAACUGUAAAGGCCAGCGCCCCCAAGAAAACAACCACCACUCGACCCAGCACUAUCUCCACGAAAGCUCCGAACACCAAGCCUCCAGCAAAGUCUCCUUCUGCAACGAGGCCAACAGCAAGCUCCACACACAAGCCUGAGCCCAAACCAGCUCCUAAUGCUGCUCCAGCACCAAAGAAGGAGACAAAACCAGCACCAAGGACCACGCCGACAGCUACACGACCUUCAGCGACAAACACAACGAAGAAGCCUCAGCCAUUGAAGCCUACCCCCAGCGAGGCUCCCUUUGUGAAACCAAAGCCCAAGUCUCCCACAAAGCCUGUGCACCUACCCGCUUCUCUCAUGGCCCCAACUGCAUCCUCCGGUGCCAAGACAGGUCGUCAGGUUCAACCUUCGGCCAGCUCACAGAAUCUCAGCGUCCCUGCUCGUCCAGCCAGCCGGGUGAGUGCCACAGGAGCUGGCGUCAGUACUGGUAAAACCGUCAAGCGUCAACCUUCGAACGUCGGCCGCUCACGGCCAAGCCUUGGUCCUCCUCCCAAGAAGACCUCCGAUCCUGCUCACCCCAAGAAAGAAGCACCAGUGGAUGAGAGCUUUUUGGCCCGCAUGAUGCGGCCAACACAAGCUUCCGCUCAAAAGACUUCCGAGAAGGUGCCUACGACACCGCCUAAGAAGACAGCAAAGCGACCAACAUCUUCAGGAGCCGAUGCCACCCGCCGUGAGAGCAGUAUGAAAACUCCGGGAAGUGCCAAGAAACCUGCCAGGAAGGCAGCUGAAUCCAAGUCGGUGACUGGUUCAGUCGUCUCAGACGAGACCAAGGUUGAGUCCGUGGCUGAAGAGAAAGCACCCGAGCCAACUAAGACAGUAAGUCCGGAGGUGCCAGAGAUCCAGACCGAGGUACCCCAGACGAAUAAUGCUCCUGAGGAUUUGGAAAAGCCUGAACCAGGGCCCGUUAUGAAGGACGCUCAUGUUGAAGUUGAGGAGCCCGUUCCCGAGGAACCCCAGGCCGAGUUGACUCCCGAGGAAUCGAGCAGCAAGGAGCAGGAGAAGAAGGAAGACGUCCGCUCUAUCACUCCUGAGACGCCGAAGGAGGUGAAACCUGUUGAUGUACUCGAAACCUCCGCUACUGAGGAGCCCAUUGCAUCUCCCAGGGAGACUCCUGCUGAUGAGUCCGAGGAGCCCAGGGAGCAGGAGCCCACGACUGAAUUUAAGAAGCCACUUGAGGGUGACGAUAUCGUUCCCCUAGUGGACGAGGGCUUUACCCAACCCCCCGUUGUCGUCGAGGAGACAAACAAGGCAUCGACCACUGAUCCCAUACCAGAGACCACCAAAGAGGUGAUUCCCUUGUUGGAGAAGGACGUUGAGUCUACCGAGACGGAGACUGCAGAGAAUAAGGACAACAAGAUUGACAUCAUAAAGAAGAAUGAUACCAAGGAAGACGAGACGACCGCUGAGGAUGUUGAAGAGAAGGAUACCACUGGGGAAAAGGUUGACGAGGAGAAGAAGGAAGACCAGGAGAGCGUUACCAAGGCUGAAUAA